AGCAGUCUAGCCUGACUCCUAGAAUUUAUCUCCACCCAACAGGAGCAUGAAGACUUCCACAGCUGCCCUUGCUGUACUUCUCAUGGCUGUUCUCUGCUACCAGGUCUCCUCUUCUCCAAGGUCUGUCAACAUGUCUGGUCCCUGCUGCAUCCAAUACAGCACCAAAGCGUUUCCCUCGAGCCGUGUGGUGAUGUAUGAGCACACAGCCAGCCACUGCUUCCAGCCAGCUGUGAUAUUUACCACAAUUGCAGGCAAGAAAGUCUGUGGCAAACCUGAUGAUAAGUGGGUCCAGGACAUAGUGAAUCACCAAAACGACAAGGCAGGGUUUUUAUUUCUCUUUGACCCGCCGGAGCUGGAGGAAGCCCCAGCCUUUAAGGCUGGCUGCAGCUGUCCCGGCCCGUGCAACGCUCCUCCCCCAGCCAGUGCCGAGGCUCCCACCGCCGGUGCCGCACCACAGCUAGGCCGGCUUCUCCUCCGGCCUCCCGUGGCACUGCCGGCGCUGCCUCGCCGUGAGGCUACUGCAGCCGCGCCUGCCGGCGAGCCUGCGUUUGCUGGUUGA